AUGUCGCAGUCGUCUGUCGUGUGCGAAUAUUUAAUUUCAAAGAACACAUUAGACCAAAAACAAGCGCAGGUAGUGCAGAAGAUAUCCGAAUUACUCGAAAAUGCGGAGUUACGUCUGUCCGGGUUCACCCAUAUAUUGACCCGCUUGGAUAACACGAUCUUCAUCGACAUCUUGCGACAAACUAAACCACAAAUGUAUACGAAAUAUCUUAUUAGUGAUGACCCACAGUCUCAAGCUUAUUCCCUUUUCAUAAUAAGUAAAUUGGCUGCCGAUCCGAAGUUUGUGGAACUCUUUAUUACAGAGGAUGAGACACUCUUUUCGAGUUUAAUUACAUUACUGAAAUACCAAAACCCAACGAUAUUUAAAAGGUCAUUGGACAUCAUCGCGUCGUUCACUCAUAAGAUGACAAACACUUUGGACGACUUAAGUGACUUCGUUGCGCCUCUAGUCGCUUCCAUUUCCGUCUUCUCGAGUUAUAGAACGGACAUCGUGAAGUUACUGAAAGGGAUAGUGCAGAGUCCGAAGACGAUCACUGAGUUUCUCGAGGCGGAUGGGAUCACUGUGAUAUCGCAAAUCCUUGAAAUAUCGUCUUUAGAAGAAACGCAGUCAGCUCUAGAAAUAGCAACAAGCAUUUUAAAAACUGAUUUAAAGAGGAAUAGGACGAUCUUAUUGAAGUCCGGCUUCAUCAAACCCCUCUCGGAAGUCAUUGAGAAAACAACGGACAAGACUAUUUUAGAAUUAGCGAUCUAUGUAGCGUCCCAAUUUGCUGGAUGUCCAUAUUUUGUAGCUAUUGGAGGGGACUCUGGGCUCUUUGAAGAGUGUGUUGAUAUGAUGGAAUUUCCAUACACCGAGCUUUCAUCGGAGAAGACCCUUCAGAGAGUCUUGACUAUUAUCUUCCGUGUGACUCAAGACCAAUUAGGAGUGAAGAAUUGUUCUUCUUUAAAAUUAGUAUCUAAGCUCUGCAAUUUACUGAAGAACAUCAUUUGUUUGGAUGAAGUCGUUCAGUCGCUUGUCUUUGGGAUCACGUCGAAUCUGUUAGACAGCGAAGUGUCGCAAAAGGAGAUCACGAUGACCAAAAUGAGUCAGUUUGUCGUUGAGAUCAAAGAAGACCAGUUAAGUCCGAAGGUGCAGAAAUUGCGGAAGAUGUGUGUGUCGAAAUUGAAUGUUCACACGCCGCAUUUUGAUGAUAAGAAACAGAUCGAUUACACCCAAAGCGACAUCGAGAUGAUGGCAAGUUACACUUCUAAGAUGACAAAAGCUCAACAAGUCGUUAACGAGUUAAUUCAGACGGAAGACUCCUUUGUGAGACAGAUGGACACUUGUGUGAACAAAACUCUGAAGAAAGUCGAGAAGGUGAUAUUAGAUAAGACGCAGAUCGUCUUUGGGAACAUCUCAGACAUCUUUAAAUAUCACAGAAAGAUCGUCCGCGAGAUGAAGAGUGCACAUCUUAAAGCAGAAGAAUAUAAAGAGCCGUUCACCCCCAUUUCUUCAGUCUUAUUAAAAUACUUCACACCAGAAAUGUUGGAUUUGUACACGAAGUACACUAAUAACGUCGACGUAGGCAUGGCCCUCUUCACAGAAUUGUCUAAUGAAAGCGUAGAAGUCCAAUGCUUAGUCAAAGAGUUGUCUGCGAACGACCAAUAUGUCCCAAGUUACUUAAUCCAACCCAUUCAACGAAUUCCACGGUAUGUCCUCUUAUUAGAAACGUUAUUAAAGUGCCUCCCAGACUAUUUGGAAGAGAAACUCUUGAUCGAAAGCGCAUUAAAAAAGAUCAGACAAAUCGCAAGUCAAGUGAAUGAGUCGAAGCGACACCACGACAAUAAAUUGGCUCUUGCAAAAUGGAAGGGGCGGCUCGAGUUCUCGGACCCAAAGACACAAAACGAGAACAGAAGUUUCGUUGGCGAAAUCGAUCAAGUCUUACUCACCACUAAAAAAGGAUUCACUUUGGUCACUUUAAUCAUAUUCAGUGACAUCGCCGUCCUCGCAGAAAACGUCGGAAAAGGCGACAAAGAGAAAUGGAAGAUCAAACAAGUCUUAGAACUCAAUGAGUGGAAACUGACCGAUAUCAUCAAGACAGACGGAAAAAAGAAACUUCCCUUGUUCCACACAAAACAAGGUAUAACUCUCGAGUUGUCUUGUUCUAAAGAUUCUGACGUCGAUACUAUGGAAGAGAAAUUACAACACGCAAUCCACAACUUAAAGAAAAAAUGCCUUCGAAAGUCUAAUCAACAACAAUAA